AUGUCCGGCUCUGGUAGUGGAAGUGGUGUUGGUCGUGGAGGAGGCUACGGUGGUGCGAUUCGAGAAGCUGGAGGAUCACUCGGGAUGCUAGGUGCCACUAGAGAAGAGGAAUACUUCCGACGGCAACAAAAGGAGCAGUUGGACAACCUGAAGAGCAAGCUGCAAUCAGAUAUGAACCAACGCCAAAAAGAGAUUCAGGAUCAUGACAAGGUUCUUCAACAACAUCAACAACGCCUGAAGGAGAUUGAGAAAGGACACGGGAAAUAG